UUUGCAUGUUGUCGACUGCCCAAAUACUAAUCAUAGGGUUGCUAUUGCGUUUUUAACCACUAGAGGGCAAUGACUCCAUCCACCAGGUCUUUUUCUUUCAGAAGUUUUCAGUUAGUGUUUGUAUUUGAUUAUUUGGUCAGUUUGGUGAGAACUGCAUUAAAUCUUGAGGUCCGGACUAACCCAUCCAACACUAACAGUCAGCUCUGAACAGAACAGUCUAGUUUGCUGCUAUCAAUAAAGUGAGGAACUUAACAAGAUAUCUGAGCAUUUCAGUUACUUUAAUUUCAACCCGAAUAUUUGUGUGGGUCCGACCAGUAUGUGAAAUGUUUUGGAUGUUUUCCUAUGUUCUCCACACUAGUUAUCAAGAUUGUGCGUGUGUGUGCGUUUGAGAGAGAAGAAAAGGAACAAGAGAGGGAUGUUAUUCUUAUUGUGGUCAAAUGGAGAUGAGUUCAAAACCACACAAACAACAGAAUGGGAGAACGAUGGACAGAAUAAGCAAAGGAAACAAAAGGAGAACAGUCAGUCCUGUGUAAAAUCCCAAGCCAAAUGAAGAUUUAUGGCACAGAAAUGUCAACUUAAAAUGAUAAACUGUGGAGUUAAAGAUUAAUGAUUUUGCAUCUGAAAGCUUUUGUCUUUUUUAGCCCACAUAACACAUCUGCUUUGUCUUGCCUUGAUGUGCUGUCAAACUUGUUUAUAAAACCAUUUUGUAUUUGGAAAGACACUUGAGAAAAACCUUCAGGCGGGACCUCAAUAAAGCCACAGUGAAAAUUUCCAAAAUGUUCCAGAAACCAAGCCCACACAUUUUUUGAUCAAACCAAUAUAAAUAUGCUUAAAAUGAUCAUCUGGAUCAAACCCAUGGGUUUAUUGAAGUAUUUUCUAUAUUUACCAAGAUGUUUCACUGAAAACUGAGUAUGUUAACUGCAGCAGUCAAGAGGGACGGGGUUAAACCAGGGAUGCAAACUUGAGUGCUGCAGUUCAGAGAGCGAGAGAGGCAGAGAAAUUGAGGAGAGAGAGAAAGAGAGACACUAUGUUUUCAGGACUGGUUGAUUAACUGUGGGCUUCUGGGGGAGGUAUCGGAGAGUGCUAGACCAAAAGAGAGGGAGGGAGAGAAAGAGAGGUGUAGAUGAAUCUUUCUGUAACUUGUGUGCAACUGAUGAUUUUCCUUCUGCUCUCUUCACACUCACACACGUCUCUUUGGAGAGCCACUGGGAUGUGACAGUAAAUCAGAGAGAAGAUGAUUCAAAGACUCACCGGGAAGGACUCAGUGAAACAGAAUGCUAGCUGGAUGCCACAUAAAUGAGUGAAACUGGGGAACUAUGAGCCAUAAAGCGUGACUGCUUCAGUUUGGCCUCUGCAGAGCUGGACUCAAACAGGAAAGGCUGGUGGAGACGCACACGGCACAAUCUUCAGGAGAGCUUUGAUAGAGAUUUCGUACUUCUGAUGGAUAUCCACGCUGCUUCUCUACAUCUGGAGCUCUGAGGCUUGGCCGAUCUCUGACCUGCUGCUUGACCUUUGACCUCUGAGUGACCUCUCAAGGAAUCACAGCAAUAAAACGUGACUUGGAACUCCAGAUCUACAGGAUGUUCUGGAAGCUGGCAAUACCUGCCAUUUUGGCAUGGACCCUUUUUGUAUCAAUAGAGACCAAGAAGCCACGGCCCCAAGGUUCCAUCCCCUCCCCUUACAAGCUAAAAGGCAAUGAUUUGUCAUCACCAACCCACACACUAGCGUCACUUCCCCAGCACACAUCAGCACGACGACAGAAGGGCAAACACGACAUGCUGUCGUCGAGUCGCGAGGCCCUGGUGGUCACCGAGAGGAAGUACCUGAAGAGCGACUGGUGCAAAACACAGCCGUUGCGUCAAACAGUGAGCCUGGAGGGGUGCCUGAGCCGAACCGUCAUCAACAGGUUCUGCUACGGCCAGUGUAACUCCUUCUACAUCCCCCGCCACCUGACGUCUCAAACCUCACAUCGAAGUCGAAAAACAGCAUCCACGCCAGACCACAACACUUCAUUCCAGUCCUGUGCUUUCUGUCAGCCCAGCCGAAUAACCACGGUCACUGUACGGCUUCACUGUCCUGGGCUACAGCCACCAUACCGGCAACGGAAAGUGCAGCGAAUCAAGCAGUGCAAAUGUGUGUCUGUUAACGUUAAUGCUGCGUACUGAGAAGGCACACAAAUGAAACAAUGCCUAAAAAUCCUUUUGGAAAAACUGGGGCCGCCCAACAAUCAAUGUGUGAAACCUGCCAAAGACAACAGCUAAUCAGAAGACUGGCCACCUUCAUUAUGUCUGGACUGUACCACAGUAUGCUACCCAGGAAUGCUUAAUAGCUGCCGAGCAGCAAUGGAACACAAAGCUGCAUUUUUCUUCUUUUUUGACAAAUAUAAUGAAGCUGAGAGUACAUUUACAAGAUACGUACAAGACUGAAACAGUAAAUAACAUUCAUGUGUUUUAAAUGAACAGUGUUUGACCUUUGACCUCUUGAAAGCUUUUCUUUAGCAAAACAUGGAGCGUCUGUAUUCCAGCGAUCUCCUGCUUUACCUCAGCAAUGCUGAUUCUCUACAGAGUGCAACAGUCAGGGUUCCGGAAAUAAAAAUCCCAUGCUUUUUCUCCAUUGGGGAAUUGAUUUAACUCAUUUUAAUUGAUAACUUACAACCCUUUAGAGACACACCUGAUGUUGUUAAUAAAUGGUAUAUGCCUCUGUUGAAGCCAUAACCCUGUAUUAACUAAUUUUUGUAAAUAAUUAUGUUAAAUGUUUGAAUUCUUGAUGAAAAACUACAUUACCCAUAAUUCUGCAAAAACCAAUCAGAAAAGAGCUGCCCACUGCCAGCUGUGUAAAAGCCAGUCUCCAUACACUCUCAAACUAAAAAUGUAUAUAUAGAUAGAUGCAUAUUUUACAAAAAAACUAAAUAUAUAAUUUCUAUAUAUAAUCAACAUAUUUAAAUCAAUAGUUUUAUAUUUAUACAUAGUUUUAAUUUUGAUUACAUCAUUGGGAUUGUAGUUCUUUUUCUCAUUAAAAUUAAGUGCACAGUCAUGUAGCUUUGCCUUUUUCAAUUUUUCACUUUUUUUUUCUUUUUUUUCCAUUUUGUAAUGUGAAAAAACAAUUGAAUCGGAGAAAUACUUUCGGAAUCAAGGCUGCUGAAAUAUUGGGAGGGCACUGUUGCACUCUGUUACUCUUGAUACUUGAGAACAGUGAAAGCGGUCUGACCACCAUCUAUCUUCACCAUCUUGUCUUACCUACCCAGCCGUUGUAUAUAUCAGCGCUAAUGAAGGACAGGAGAAGACAUGAAAGGAUGCUGGGUGACCGUGGACCUUAUCGACAGGAAAUUAGAGGGGGGUUUGCUAUAUUUUGACUAAGGACAGGCUGUCAGUUGGGGAUUAACUAUAUUUUGACUUGGUGCUGCCAUUAGCUUUGCUGCAUCCGAUGGAAAUGAUGCCGCUGGUUUCAGUUCAUCCAUUCUGGGCUGACUUUGAUCAAGCCCGUAAAGAGUUUGAGCCUUCCCAUUGUUAUGAUGAGUCAUGUGCACAACAUAAACUGAGAUUCAUAAUGGUUUAAAUCUUUACCUUAAAGUCUAACAGGCACGUUUGCAUUAAUGACAAUAUUUAACAAAAUAGCAAAAAAUGUGCAGAUAAAGGAAAUUAUAUGACAAAGCAACCAUAGAAAAUCUAUGAAUAUAUGUAAAAUAUGUAAUAAACAUGUCUUCUAAAAAUAAAUCUAUU